UUGCCGAAAUAUAGAACUUUCCUUACCCGAAUGAACAAUCCGAAAAAUCCCGUCGUGUUUUUUGAUAUAUCGAUUGGUGGGCAGGACAUCGGCCGCAUCCAGCUAGAGCUAUUCGCUGACGUCACGCCCAAAACAGCCGAAAAUUUCCGCCAACUAUGCACUGGCGAAUACCGGAAGGAUGGUGUCCCGACCGGCUACAAAGACUGCACUUUCCAUCGAAUCAUCAAGGACUUCAUGGUCCAAGGUGGAGAUUUCGUAAAUGGUGACGGCACCGGUUCCUGCAGCAUCUACGGCGGGUCAAAGUUCGCCGAUGAGAACUUUACAAUUAAACACUCCUCCCCUGGUAUGCUUUCAAUGGCGAACAGCGGCAAAGACACGAACGGCUGUCAGUUCUUUAUCACCUGUGCUCCUUGUGACUUUCUGGAUGGGAAGCACGUUGUCUUUGGUCAAGUUGUGGAUGGAAUGUUGGUUUUAAAGAAAAUUGAAAAUGUUCCCACUGGUCCGAACAAUCGUCCAAAGGUACCAGUGGUCAUCACACAAUGCGGCGAAAUGUAA